AUGAUGAUAUUCAUCAUCUUCUGUAAUUGGAAUUUCACAUUUGAUUCUCGGUUGUUAUUUGCUGAAGAUAAGCAGUUGUAUACUAAGUUCAGCAAAUGUGAAUUUUUGCUGGAUAAAGUUGUAUUUUUGGGUCAUGUUAUCUCAGCUGAAGAGUUGAAGAAAAGAUUAGUUUCUGCUCCUAUACUUACUCUUCCAUCUCCACGUGAAGAGUUUGUGAUUUAUAGUGAUGCUCCACGCCAAGGAUUGGGUUGUGUUCUAAUGCAGAAUGGGAAAGUUGUAGCUUAUGCUUCUAGACAAUUGAAAACGCAUGAGUUAAAUUACCCAACUUAUGAUUUGGAGCAAAGGAGAUGGCUGGAGUUGAUAAAAGAUUAUGAUUGUAUGAUUGACUACCAUCUGGGGAAAGCAAAUAUAGUUGUAGAUGCUCUCAAUAGAAACACAAGUUCAUCCUCUCCAUCUAGUGCAGUUUAUGCUUCUUUGAUUUGUGAGUUCAUGAAGUUACACACUGAGUUGACAACUACUACUUCAGGGACGGUAUUAGCUCAUUUUCAGGUGAGACCUACUUUGAUUGAUAAGGUUAGAGAAGCUCAAUUUCAAAACCAGACAUUGAGAAUAUUGAAAGCAGAGGUUAGUACUGGGUUAAGAAUGGAUUAUGUGAUUGGAGAUGAUGGGGCGUUGGUUAUGGGUAAUAGAUUAUGUGUUCCAGAUAUUCUAGAAUUGAAGAAAGAGAUUUUGGAAGAAGCACAUAGUUCUACUUAUGCUAUGCAUCCAGACAGUACUAAAAUGUAUCAUACAUUGAAACAUCAUUAUUGGUAG